GGUAUUUAGCAAGCUUGAUAACACAUCACUCCCCCGACACAAGAAAAAACUGUUACAUUAAUGUCGACACAAGAAAAAACGUUUACAAAAAUGUAGAAUUCUUAAUACCUAAACAUUUAGCGAUCUGACAUGACGUAUUGCAUGGAAACGAUACUAUUUUUCGGUCUGAUCAACUCUAGAUUGGGCUACUAACAGCAGCAUCUGUUAGCCUACUAUGCGCCCUGUCCCUCUGGCCAUGGUAAACGAAGCGGUUUUAAACGUUGUAUAUGUAUAGCCCAUUUGUUUGUGAGAACGUGAAUGGGAUUACAUGUGGUUUAUAUUAAAACCUGGGCUGACUAGGCUAUCUAUACUUUUUCGAUCCAAAAUGAUUUACGGGAAUGAAUAAACACAAUAGCUGUUAUAGACUGAAUACAUUUGUAAUUAGGCCUACCAUUGGACAGUACAAACACGAUGCAAACCUGCACAAAGCAAGCUCAGCCAUGUGCGUUUUAUUGUCCAAUCAUGUUGCUUUCUCUGUGUCUGUGUCUAGGAACCCCCCUAGUCCUUUAAAACGUAAUUGAUGUAUAAUUCAUAUGAACAAAUAGAAGGUUGCUGUAGUUUGACAAGGUUUCCAUCCUCGUCAAGGCCAGGAGUAAAAAAACAAACAUUUGACAUGAUUAGGAAAACUCUGGUCCCAUCAUAGCCCAUAUGAAACGUUUUUACAACAGAUGAAUUACGUCAUACAAUUUAAGGUCCGGAGUUUUACCUGAUUAGGUUACCAGAUCAGGUACAACAACGGGCCUCAGAAUUGUAUUAUAUUUUUUGCCGCGCUACUUUGGGACCUGUGGUGUCACAUCGAACAGCAGUAGAUACAGUGAGCUAUGUCGAGAAUCCAAUGUAUAAAUAAUAAACAGUGUAACAAAAUGCAAUCAAUGUAAAGCAAUAGCCCGAGAUAUAUUACAAUGAGCUAUGUGAAGAAUACAGUAGACCUAUGUGAAUACACAGUGUGACAAACAGUAUAAAUAUAGUCAUUUUUAUACAGUCCUUUCAAUUCAUCUAAUUUUCUAUUAAAAUACACUUAAAUUAAAUGUAAUUCAUAGUCCUGAAAUAUCAGUUUGGAGAUGAUCUCAAUCAUUGGGGUUGUGCUCUAGAUACGAAUGAGAGCAAUUGAAAGAUAUAUAUAUAUAUUUUUUUAAUGAGGCAAUAAUUAAGAAUUGCUUAUUUGCCCAUGCUUAUUUGCCAAUGUCCUGGUUGAACCAAUUCAUGCACACGCUUUGCACAAUUUAACGGCAUGGCUCGGUUUGGGAGGCGCCCAUACUGUCAUAGGAAAGAUCUCAAGUAUAUAUCCUCGCGUCCUCUCUCCUCGCCUUCUUCUCAAAACCCAUUGGAUGAGAAAGCCAGAGGUUCCGUCCCUCUGACCUUCUCCUCCAAUGGGUUUUGAGAAGGAGACCGAGGAGAGAUGACGCGAAGAGUAUGUAUUGAGAAUUAUCCAUAGCCGCUUCUCUUAUUCAACACCGGUAGUAUAAAUUCAUUGGCCAAAGCAGAUCGUUGGUCACACGCGUGGUUUGGUUCGGUCUUUUCUAGUACAAGACUGGAGAGGACUGUAGAAAUUUCUAAGUUUACAGGCGGGUCUCACCCCUGCAGAUAAUGACCGAUCGAGCCAAUCACAUCAGCGUCGCCAUGACUGAAGACGUCAGGUCCACCAACGGGACGCCCAGGACCAAGGUCAUAACCAGCAGCACCAUGGUGGAGCUGAACAAGCUGCAGCCCCGGGGCUCCAUGGUCAGCUUCCACAGCAUACAGUACAAGGUGAAGCUGAAGACUGGACCGCUCUGCAAGAGGAAGAACACUGCCAGGGAGAUACUGGUGGACCUCAAUGGCAUCAUGAGACCGGGUCUAAAUGCUAUUCUAGGACCCACUGGGAGUGGAAAGUCCUCGUUCCUGGACGUUCUAGCAGCCAGGAAGGACCCCUCUGGUCUCUCAGGGGAGGUGCUGAUCGACGGAGCGCCACAACCACCCAACUUCAAGUGCCUCUCCGGCUAUGUUGUCCAGGACGACGUGGUGAUGGGGACUCUGACGGUGAGGGAGAACCUGCGAUUCUCUGCAGCGCUGCGUCUGCCCCGCUCCGUGCCCCAGAAAGAGAAGGACGCCAGGGUCAACGACCUCAUCACCGAGCUAGGCCUGACCAAGGUGGCUGAUGCAAAGGUUGGUACCCAGAUGAUCCGGGGGAUUUCUGGAGGGGAGAGGAAGAGGACCAACAUUGGCAUGGAGCUCAUCAUCGACCCCUCUGUUCUCUUCUUGGAUGAACCCACCACGGGCCUGGACGCUAGCACCGCUAACUCUGUCCUGCUGCUGCUCAAAAGAAUGGCCAAUCAGGGACGCACCAUCAUCAUGUCCAUCCACCAACCGCGUUACUCCAUAUACCGGCUGUUCGACUCCCUGACCCUGCUAGUUAGCGGCAAACAGGUGUACCAUGGGCCGGCCCAGAAUGCACUGGACUAUUUCGCCGACAUAGGUUACGCCUGCGAGGCCCACAACAACCCAGCCGACUUCUUCCUCGACGUCAUCAACGGAGACUCUACUGCCACUGCUAUGAACAAGAUUCAGGGAGAAGACAUUGACUUUGAGGAGCUGAGUGGCUCCAGGCAGACCAUCGAGGAGCGUCUAGUGGAGGAGUACAGGAACUGCUCCUACUUCAGAGACACCCAGGUCGAGCUGGAGAGGAUCACCCAGGGAAAGCAGUACACCACCAAGCCCACGUCCCGUACCAUCACCUACAACAGCUCCUUCUUCACCCAGCUCCACUGGGUCCUAGGCAGAACCUUCCGGAACCUAGCGCUGAACCCCCAGACCUCCGUCGCACAGCUGGGAGUCACCAUUUUUCUGGCUCUUAUUGUGGGUGCCAUUUUCUUCGGGGUGAAGGACAACCAGAGUGGAAUACAGAACAGGAUUGGUGCUCUUUUCUUCAUCACCACCAACCAAUGUUUCAGCACGCUGUCCGCUGCAGAACUCUUCAUCACAGAGAGGAAGCUGUUUGUCCAUGAGUACAUCAGUGGGUACUACAGAGUCUCAGUCUACUUCCUGUCCAAGAUCCUGUCUGACAUCAUCACCCUGCGCACCAUCCCCGCCAUCGUCUUCAGCUGCGUGGCCUACUUCAUGAUAGGUUUUAAAACCACUCCAGCAGCCUUCUUCAUCUUCAUGUUCACCGUAACCCUGGUGGCCUACACAGCCACCGCCAUGACCAUGGCCAUCUCUGCCGACCAGAGUGUGGUGGCAAUGGCCAACAUCUUCAUGACCAUUAGCUUCGUCUUCAUGAUGAUCUUCUCAGGUCUGCUGGUGAACCUGCCCAGUAUCAUGAACUGGCUGGCCUGGUUGAAGUACCUCAGUAUCCCUCGCUACGGUCUAACAGCCCUGGAGAUCAACGAGUUUGUGGGGCUGAAGUUCUGUGAGGACCCUGCCGUUCGCACCACCAUGUCUCCUGGCUCUGGCAUGAUGACCAACUGCAGUAUGAACACUACUCACACUCUCGGGAUAACGUGCACAGGGGAACAAUACCUGGACUACCUAGGAAUAGAAUACACUACAUGGGGCCUAUGGGAAAACCACGUUGCCUUGGCAAUAAUGACACUCAUUUUCCUGGUCAUCGCCUAUCUGAAGCUGCGGUUUAUUAAGAAGUUCACAUAAGAAGUGUCUUACUUUGCCUUACAAUUCACUCCUCUGUGGUUAUAUCAAUGACAAACUGCCCGUAGUUUCUGUCAACAUACAUAUGUUAUAACAUGAAGCAGUGUGCCUAUGGUUUGCACUGAGACAGGUUAAAUGGGUAGUUCAGCCAAAUUACAUAUUCACAUAUUCAUUUCCUGGACAAGUGGAGACUGCAAUCCACGCUUUGGCUUUGCUGAACUUGCUACACUAGCACUGUAAAUGAGUCAUUUGGCUGAACUGUCACUCUAACGUUCAAUAUCUAUGCAUGAAUGUACAUUUUCACCACAUGAAUAUUAAUGUGUAAUCUUUGCCCUCCAGUAGUCAUUGUUCUCAUGUUGACUGCUGUGUUUAUUUGGUAGCAUUUGUUCCAGUCUAGUACGAGACUGUCUUGGUAUUUAGUUCAUCGUUUCUAUUUAUAGAGGAACUGAACUCGUUUAUUUGAAAAAAUGAUGAUGUUGAAUUAUGUAAAAAAUUAUGAAUGACUUUUAUUAGUGCUUUUUUUGUUUGUUUCUAUUGUGUUUAUUACCUUUUUAUCUAUACUAGGUUUUUGGAAACAAUGCUUUUAUAAACAUUUUCAUGUAA